AUGAAGUUUUUUACAAGCUUGGCCGUGCUAGUUGGGCUGGCUGGGGCUAGUCCAGUGGCAACUCUUCAGGGCCCGCCGUCCAACUUUACUUUGGCGAAGCACAACCGUACAUCAAGUACCGUGCCAACUGGACCCCAACCAACUCGGCUCCCUACUCUUACGGAUAAAGAGUUCUUUACCCUCACACCAUCCUUUACCCUCGAGAUCCGCGGUGGACGGUGCGACAUCACCAACCUGCCGGGCCGCACUACCGGCUUCUACUGGCGCCUGGUGUACGACCUGGACCACGCAGGCAGCUUUCGCUUCGAAAAAUGUGGGCAGGAUCAGCACAGCCUCGUCUUUACCAAGAUUCAGAAUCAAUAUGUCCCCGGCUAUGCUGUCGAGUACAAACUCGUCACGUCAGGCGCAGAGCUCAUCUGCGACAGCGGUGUCCUCAGCAAGGUCAAGGUCCAAGGCUCCAGUGUUGUAGCCACCCCCGCUACCGAGACCUACAUUAUCGAGAAGUAUGGCAAGACUAUGUACGCGUGCUCCAAGGACGCUCCUUGUGUUCCGUCAAAGUGUGAGAAGGGCUGUGAAAAGGAGGCCAAGGGCAACGACGACGUCAAGGGCAACGACGACGUCAAGGGCAACGACGGCGUCAAGGGCGUUGACCGUCCGUCAUUCUGUGGCGGUCAAGUCCCCAAACCUGCUUCUUCUAAGCGGGCACUUUACUUCCUUGACAGCAAUCCAGCCAACGCAUCUAUCAUCUCGUUGCCGAUCCUGCAGGACGGUUCUUUGGAAAAGAGCAGAGCUGUGCGCACCUCAACUGGCGGGCGCGGGUCAAUUGGCCGGAAUAUGAAUGGGACAGUCCUUGUCGACCCCCUAUUUUCCCAGGGAUCCGUCGUGGUCAGUGGUAAAUACCUCUUCACGGUGAAUGCUGGCUCCAAUACGCUGGCCAGGUUUGAAAUACCAGACGCGGACCCUGCCAGUCUAAAGCUACUGGGCGAGCCCGUUCAUACCGGGGCCGAGUUUCCCAACUCGGUGGCGGUUUCCGACAAGAACAAGAUCGCGUGCGUCGCAAACACGGGAAGAAACGCAGGUGUCCAAUGCUUCAAGACUCUUGACCAGCAUCUCGAACCUUUUGACGAAUACAUGCUGCUGCCUGUCAACCAGACGUCACCCCCGAUUGGUGUUCCGAAUACGGUGUCUAAUGUCGUCUUCAACCCUUCACAGACGGCCCUGUUUGUCACCGUAAAGGGCAAUGGUGAGAGUGGUUCCACCGGACGGGGAUAUAUAUAUGCCUACCAAGUCCUAAAUGGCCAGAUCAACUCGCAGCCCGUCAUCUCGCGCCCGCCAGGCUUGAUGCUUGAUUUCUCCCUGUCCUUCCUCUCGGACUCGGCUGCCGUCGUGACAGACCCGGCAUACGGUGCCUCGUACAUUUCUAUUGCGAGCAAUCUCUCCGUCACGGUCUCUAACCAGAUCACUAUACCUGGCCAAGGCGCUACAUGUUGGUCCGUUUUUGCUCCGGAAUUCGACACCGUGUAUUUGUCUGACGGCGCAUCGCCAAACAUCACCGCCCUUGAUCCCAUGUCCGGCAAGACCAAGUUUGUCAUCCCUGGCGAUGGUCAAUCUACCGGCUCUUUUGAUUCCGCGGUGGAUCGCUCGAGCCUUUAUGUUCUCCAGGGCAGCGCGGCCGUCUCUGUGUUUGAUCUGAAAGGGUCGAAGAGCGGCGACCAGACGCCUAGCCUCUUUCAGUACCUUGAUCUGUCCUUUCUGGGAGUAAGAUCAGGAUGGAUUGGCAUGGGUAUCUAUUCCAACUAA